AAAACUACAUUUCCCAGGUUGCAAUGCACAUCCUAGUUGAAAGGUCGACACGCAUGUGCCCGGAACAACAACAAACCACUGAAUUUGACAAACCUUAACGUUUGCGUCUAUAUUUCUUAUUCUUCCGUGUUGGUAUUGUUGCUCGUUGUUUGCAGAAAUGUCCAGAAAGGCUGGGAAGGCCAAGGAUCUCCUCCAGUUGGACCUGUAUGGUUUACUCGGGAUUGAAAGCACUGCUACAUCGAAAGAGAUCAAGAAAGCUUAUCGACAGAAAGCCUUGACAUGCCAUCCAGACAAGAACCCGGACAACCCAAAAGCAGUGGAGCUCUUCCACCAGUUGUCCCAGGCUCUCGAGGUGCUAACUGAUGCUCCUGCAAAGGCUGCCUAUGACAAGCUCUGCGCCGCCAAGAGACAAGCAGAAGAAAGAACCAGGAAGCUAGAUGAUAAGAGAAAGAAAAUUAAGCUUGAUUUGGAGGCCAGAGAGCAACAAGCAGAAUUUCAGAGCCAGGAGGAGGUGUUUAACACUAGAUCACUCGAAGAAGAGAUAGCCCGUUUGAGAGAGGAGGGAUCCAGGCAGCUUGAGGAGGAACAGAGGCUCAUCAGAGAGCAGAUCCAGAGAGAGAGAGAAACACAGCAGCAGCAGACAGGAGGCAGAAACUCAGGACUGGAGAGAUGUUCCAAGAGCAAUGUGACCCCCAAAUUGAAGUUGAAGUGGAAGUGUAAAAAAGACGACGAGACGAAUGGAGGCUACUCUCAAGACAUUCUUUUCACCCUUCUACAAAAGUACGGGGAUGUUUCGAAUGUGAUUGUCUCGAGUAAGAAGAGAGGAAGCGCUGUGGUUGAAUUUGCAACCGUGAGAGCAGCUGAGCUGGCAGCUAAGAAUGAAAGUGGCCGGAGUGAAAACCCCUUGAAGAUUUCGUGGCUCGAAGGACAGCCCGAGGUCAUUGCUCCAGCAUCUCAACCUGGCCAGUUCAUGUCUUCACAGGGCGCCCUAUCAAAUGAGCGCGACUAUGAGAGCGUGGUGAUGAUGAGGAUGAGGCAGGCCGCCGAGCGACAGAAGCUCAUAGAACAAAUGCAGAGAGAAGAUGACGAGGAAACUGCGUAGCCCAGCAGGACUCAGCUCGGUACCUGCCUGCGACUACUAAAUGAAUACCUGUUCCAGGCUUUAGUUUCAUAAAGCCUCUUAUGUGGGUUGUUAUUGUUUUUUUGUAUGCAAUACACUGUGGCAAAAUAAAUCUUUUUAAUAACUAAAA